AAGUAAGAGACACUAGCAAUGGAUCCUGUGUUUCUGGGAUGCUGCUUUUCUCUACUUUUCUCUCAGUGCUGUUCUCAUCAUCUGCCGACUUGGACAUUGGAGAGGAGACUUGAGCAAGUUCAGACUGGACGGGAUAUUGUGUAGUGCUUGCUGUCAAGCCAAGAGGCGUGGCUUGUGGAUUUAAAUCACAGUCUGAAGAUACUGCUUCUUUUAAUUUUCUGGCCUGAAAGGAAAUUGAGGGAAAGUGGGAGAAAUGAUAGUUUCUCAGUGCUCGGUGACCUAUGAAGAUGUAACAGUGAUAUUCACUCAAGAAGAGUGGGCACUAUUAAAUUCUUCAGAGAAGAAACUCUACAGAAAUGUGAUGUGGGAAAACUUCAGAAACUUUAUGUUGAUAGGAAAGUUACAAGAGGACUAUUCCAACAAAGAGCAGUAUAACCACCAAGCAAGUAAAAGUAAUAGAGUGAAAAUCUCUGAGGCCAAAGAACAAAGUCAAAAUGGUGGGAAGCCUCAAGAAUCUGAAGUAUACAACAAAGUAUUCACUUAUUCCAGUCAACAUAAAAAACACAAAAGAACUCUCAUUGGGAAGAAACACUAUGAAUGUAAACAAUGUAGCAAAACAUUCCAUGAAUCCAGUGCUCUUCAGACACAUGAAAGAAUUCACAGUGGAGAGAAACCCUAUGAAUGUAAACAGUGUAGUAAAACAUUCUGUCAAACCAGUGCUCUUCAAAGACAUGAAAGAACUCACAGUGGAGAGAAACCCUAUGAAUGUAAACAGUGUAGGAAAACAUUCAGUUGUUCCAAUCAUCUUCAGACACAUGAAAGAACGCAUAGUGGAGAGAAACCGUAUGAAUGUGAACAAUGUAGGAAAACAUUCAUUUGUUCCAGUCAUCUUCGGAUACAUGAAAGAACACAUAGUGGAGAGAAACCCUAUGAAUGUAAACAGUGUAGGAAAACAUUCAGUCGAUCCAGUCAUCUUCGGAUACAUGAAAGAACGCAUAGUGGAGAGAAACCCUAUGAAUGUGAACAAUGUAGGAAAACAUUCAGUUGUUCCAGUCAUCUUCGGAUACAUGAAAGAACGCAUAGUGGAGAGAAACCCUAUGAAUGUAAACAAUGUAGGAAAACAUUCAGUCGAUCCAGUCAUCUUCGGAUACAUGAAAGAACGCAUAGUGGAGAGAAACCCUAUGAAUGUGAACAAUGUAGGAAAACAUUCAGUUGUUCCAGUUCUCUUCGGACACAUGAAAGAAUGCACAGAGGAGAGAAGCCCUAUGAAUGUAAACAAUGUAGGAAAGCAUUCAGUUGUUCCAGUCAUCUUCGGACACAUGAAAGUACACACAGUGGAGAGAAGCCCUAUGGAUGUAAACAAUGUAGGAAAACAUUCAGUCAAUCCAGUCAUCUUCGGAGACAUGAAAGAAUUCAUAGUGUAGAAAAACCCUAUGUAUGUAAACAAUGUAGUAAAACAUUCAGUUGUUCCAGUGCUCUUCAGAGACAUGAAAGAACUCAUAGUGGAGAGAAGUUCUAGGAAUGGAAACAAUGUAGUAAAGCCUUUAGUGAUUCCUCUACUCAUCAGGUACUAAAAUAACUCACAGUGGAGAGAAAGCCUAUGGAUAUAGAUGGUGCAGUGGAACAUUCAGUCAAUUCAGUCACUUUUAAUCACAAGAAGUAAUGCACAAAGGAGAAAAACCCUAGUAAUAUAGACAAUAAAGAAAACCUUUUAGUUAUUCCAUUACUAAUAGAGCAUAUGAAAAUAGGCACAGUGUUAAACAGUAAGUUUGGUACUCUUCAGUCAUAUGAAAGUGCUCACAGUGCAGAGAAAACAAGUAAAAUUUUAAAAAUAGAGAUGAUAUUUUCUUAAACUAGUGAACCCAUACCUAUAUGCUUGUAAGGAAUGUAAGUAUUUCAAUUCUUCAUCUUUAAUAUUUUUUUAAAUUAUUUUUUAUUUAAGAAAGGAUAAAUUAACAAAUCCAUAGGGUAGGAGGGGUACAACUCCACACAAUUCCCACCACCCAAUCUCCAUAUCCCACCCCCUCCUCUGAUAGCUUUCCCAUUCUCUAUCCCUCUGGGAGCAUGGAUUUUUUAAAUCUUUCUAAAUAAGUAUUUAUUCAUGUACAGUGAUAGGGAGAGAUACAGAGAGAAUCAGAAUUCCCUCUGGUACAUGUCUGUGCUGUUGGGGAUUGAACUUGGGACCUCCUGCUUGAGAGUCUAAAACUGUAUUACUGCACCACCUCCUUGACUAUCUUCAUCUUCAAUUCUAAUACAUAGAAAUGCCCACUUGGUACUGAAAGUCUAUUAAUAUGAAAAUGAUUAAAUAUUUAAAUAGAGUGACAUUUUUCACACAUAUAAAUGCACUAGCAUUAGAAACAAGACCUUGGGAGGUAGAGCCAAGAUGACAACUUGGAGGCAGCUGCUAGCAUGAGCUCUGACAACAGUGGCUGGAUAGGUAGGAUAUUACACAGUCAGCAGGACUGGGAAAAGGGGAUCCUAAGUGUGACACCAAGGAGGUGAGUAUACCUCACUCUUAGGUUAGAAAACAGGAAAAAGAAAGGAAAUCUUAUGAUUUUUCCUGAAGCGCACCCCUCCCCCCACCCCAAAACCAGACCCCAGGGGCUGGAGAGCUGCUACUAGCAGACUCCCUGCUGAACUUUU